AUGUGCGUUUUACCCGUAGCUCCGAAAUCGUGUUGGUAUUUGAAUACACGUUUCGGUGCCCGGGUUGGACGCGCAUAUUUGCCCACCAGUUUAAUUUUUACUUACUCCCUACGAUUCCAGCUACCAAAAUUCAAGCGACAACCUUUGCGUGCCAAUGAACUGUUGAGACCAUGUAGAACCAACGAGCUCGGUGAGAAAGAACAUCGUCAACAUGAAGAAAUGAUUCAAAGGCUUCUCAGCAAACCAUUUCGCGUUCCGCUACCUGGAUAUGUUGGAACACUAAGUAACAAAGCACUUGGCUUACGGCGCAGUGGAGUACGUUGUUCUCUAUUCGAUCCGUAUGCCGAAGGAGCCCUUGUACUAUAUGCGCCUCAAGAGAUGAGUGCACACGAUGCGAUGAAAAUUGAUGAGUCAAAGAAGAAGGUGCACGUAGUGGUUGAUCCUCUGUUGGCUAACGUUUUGCGUCCACAUCAGCGUGAAGGUGUUAAAUUUAUGUAUGAUUGCAUAACGGGUAUAAGAAUCGAGAAUGCACAUGGUUGCAUCAUGGCUGACGAAAUGGGUCUUGGCAAAACACUUCAAACAUUUCAGCGGCAAAGUCCUGACGCAAAGCCAAUGAUCAAUAAAGCGAUCAUUGUAUGCCCUAGUAGUCUUGUGAAGAAUUGGGACAAGGAAAUUACGAAAUGGCUUGGUGGUCGAGUGAAUGCUUUAGCAGUCGAUAGCGGUGGAAAAGAUGAGAUCGACAGGAAUUUGAAUUCGUUUAUGUCGCAGUUGAGCACUCGAUGUCCAACUCCUGUUCUUAUAAUUUCAUAUGAAACAUUUCGUUUACAUGCUAAUGUAUUGCUUAGGAGUGAAAUUGGACUUGUCAUAUGUGAUGAGGGUCAUCGUUUGAAGAAUAGCGAUAAUCAAACCUAUCAAGCAUUAUCUGGUUUGAAAUGCGCUCGACGAGUGCUCAUCUCGGGUACACCCAUUCAGAAUGAUCUCCUUGAGUAUUACAGUUUGGUGAAUUUUGUAAAUCCCGGCUUAUUGGGCACAGCAUCAGAGUUCAAGCGUCGUUUCGAAAAUAUGAUUCUGAAGGGACGUGAUGCAGAUGCAACUGCCGUGCAACGGACAAAAGGAGAUGAAGCAUUGUCCGAGAUGGCUUCGAUUGUUAAUAAAUGUAUUAUUCGACGAACUUCCGCCUUACUCACCAAAUAUCUACCAAUCAAAUAUGAACUGAUAGUCUGCUGUAGACCAACGGAUCUUCAAGAAAAACUUUAUCAGAAAUUAAUCUCAUCAAAGCAUCUCAAGCAAAAUGCCUCCAAGAAUGAUGGAACAAUAACGGGUACAGCUCUUUCAUUUAUAACGAAUUUAAAAAAGUUAUGCAAUCAUCCUCAAUUGAUCUAUCAAAAAUGUCAGCAAAAUGAAGAAGGUUUUCAAGGUUGUAUUGAAUUGUAUCCGUCCACUUUCAAUAGCAAAGCAUUCGAACCAGCCUUCUCUGGAAAAAUGAAGGUUCUCGACUAUUUAUUGGCAGUCACCAAGCGAAUGACAAGUGACAAAUUUGUGCUUGUCUCAAAUUAUACGCAGACAAUCGAUUCGUUCGUUGAGCUGUGUAAAUUACGUGGUUAUGGAUAUGUGAGAUUAGAUGGCAGCAAUUCCAUUAAGCAGCGUGCCAAAAUAGUGGAAAAGUUCAACGAUCCAUCGAGUAAUGAAUAUGUGUUUUUAUUAUCAUCAAAAGCCGGUGGUUGCGGCUUGAACUUGAUCGGAGCGAAUCGUUUAGUAAUGUUUGAUCCAGAUUGGAAUCCAGCAAAUGAUGAUCAAGCAAUGGCACGUAUCUGGAGAGAUGGUCAAAAGAAACACUGUUUCAUUUAUCGUUUACUGGCUACGGGCACAAUCGAGGAGAAAAUGUUCCAACGCCAAACACACAAAAAAGCGUUGUCCUCUUGUGUGGUCGACGAGGAGGUAGAUGUUGCGAGACAUUUCUCGAAAGAUCAGCUCAGACAUCUUUUUGAACUGAAAACUAAUAUCGCGUCCGAUACACAUGACACGCUCAAGUGCACACGUUGCAUCAGUGGGAUCGAAUCUCGUGAGCCACUCGAAUCAGCUGACACAAAUUCGGACCUUAGUGAAUGGUAUCAUACACAAAAAGAUAUUCGUAAAAUUCCUGAUCAGGUGUUGAAGAGUGUGUUCGAAUGUGGAGCCAUAUCAUUUAUUUUUCAUCAGAAAUCGCAUGAUACGGCAAGACGCCAAAUUGAUGAUGCAGUCGACUCGUGA